AUGACUCGCACACUGUUCGCUCUUUUAGCGCUCGCCGCCCUCGCACUCGCCUCCGCCGAUUCGCCGCGACCCCGCCUAAUCGACUUCAACCCUUGGUCUUGGCUACCCAACAACCGCAAUAAAUCCCCGUCCAUCAUGGACUACUUCUUUCCACCAUCCAGGACCCCCAAACAGUCCAACCUAGACCCACCCGCUGACAGACAACCUCCCCCUACCCUACAAACCACAUUAGACGACACCCCAACGAUGACAACCCUCCAAGAAAGGGAACGUCCCACUACGUUAGCCAGAAAAUCCCAUAACAAAGUCAAAACAACCCCCGCAGUCCGACCAACCGCGUCCACGCCCCCAAAAACUAAAAAAUCGACACAUAAAAUUUUCGCUACUGAUACGACUGUUGAAGCCAAAACAACACAAACAUCAAAAACGGAAACAUUGCCACCUACUACAAAUAUCGUAACCACUACCGCUAAACCGCCGAAACGUUACACUAUUAGGCCAGUGAGGACCACAGAGACUCCAACCGUACAGGAUACGGAAUCGACAAUCAAUACGAAUAGCGACAGCACAGAGACUGUUGCUGGAAUCGAUACAUCUGGUACGACAGCUGAUAUAACAAAGGAUACUGCCCAAACUUUGACUACUGUUGUUGAGACGCGGCCCACCGAUGGGACAGCCAGCACUGGAGAGGAGUCUACGACGUUGACAGAUAGUACCGUGACGGAACCAGCAGACAGUCGGGAGGGCUACUUACCAUUGCGAGACAAACCACAGCAAAAUCACGUCAAGAUCAACGAGCAGACGAAUAAAGAGACGGUGCCUUUGCCUGCGGGAUCUACUUCGGUGUUAGCAAAGCCUACGAAGUACCAUUACUAUCCUCACAAUCAACACAUUUAUCUACUACCGGAAUGCGCUAUUCAACAGGUGUGUAACGCGGUUUACGUACGGUUAAAUUAUACGCAGCCAUUAUGCGCGUGCCCAGCUCGGUACAGAGAUCCCUGCUCCGCCAGUCUGAAUGCAGACGACCUGCAUACCACGCGCCUUACCACAGAUUCCAAAAAGAAGUACGCAAAGAAGGCGGUGACACUGGUGAAGACAUGCGAAGCUGUAUCUGAGAUGCGAGAAUGCCGUGCGCCAAGAGACUGGUCCCUUUUAGCAUUGCAAAACAUUAGGACGGGCAAGUCACACUAUUUAGUGAUAUGCAGAUGUCCAGACACACAUAUACUAGAGGGGCCGAUGUCUCACGACCAACCAACGUACGCGUCGGUACCUGGAAUAAGAGUUUAUGGCAUGAUGUGCGUGCGACAGACCACAAGCUAUCACUCCGGUUACAGCUCAAACAGAUUCCCAGCCGGCGUUCAAAGCACCACGAGCACAUACAAGGUGGACUAUUCUCAGCCCCACUCGUACGACAAGCCCGUCUACAACCGAUACCAGUCGCAUAGUUAUUUAGAUUCAAACUAUUACAAUAGGAGAUCUAGAGCUGCACGCGAGAGGCGAACGACUUCAGAAUACCCGCCUUUCCCAUGGUAUAAAGUAAAAGAAUUGGCACGAUCGUUGCAUUGGAUCAAUUAAGAUGAAACUAAUGUUAUUGUUAGAAAAAAGUAGGUUGGGUUCAAGAC